AUGGCAACUCAGAACCCUCUGUCCGCCGGCUUGAAUGCUGUACCCAACGGAACUAUAGAUGGUUCCCAGCUCAAGUACGCAGAUAUCGGCAUCAACCUGACAGACGAGAUAUUCCGCGGCGUAUACCACGGCAAGCGUGCCCACGAAGACGACCUGCAACAUGUAGUACAACGCGCGCUGGACGCCGGCGUGCGCAAGAUGAUGGUAACGGGCUCGGACUUGGAAGAGAGCAAGAAAGCCGUGGAACUUGCAGACCUAUACCCGGGCCUCUGCUACGCAACCGUGGGCGUACAUCCAUGCCAGGCGAAGUCUUUCUCCAAGCACCCCGAUGGACCAGACGCUCUUCUCAGCGAGCUCACGAAGCUAGCGAAAGAGGCACAGCAGGAAGGCAAAGCAACAGCAUUCGGCGAGAUUGGGCUCGACUACGACCGCCUACACUUCUGCGACAAGGAGACCCAGCUCAUCUAUUUCGAAAAGCAGCUCGAUCUCGCCUGCGACCUAGGACUACCGCUCUUUCUCCACUCCCGCGCCGCUGCCGAGGACUUCGAACGCCUGCUCAAAUCCCGGCUCGACCGUCUACCGAAGCGCGGCGUCGUACACUCCUUCACCGGCACCCUGGAAGAGAUGCAGGGCAUCGUCGCCCUUGGGUUUGAUGUCGGAAUCAAUGGCUGCAGUCUGAAGACCGAGGAGAAUAUUGCUGUGGUCAAGGAAGUCCCGCUCGAGCGAUUGCAGAUCGAGACUGAUGGGCCUUGGUGCGAGAUGCGGCCCAGUCAGGCGAGUGCACAGUUCACCAAGGAUGCUCCACCGCUGCCAAAGUCGGUGAAGAAGGAGAAGUGGGUGGAGGGUGUGAUGGUGAAGGGGAGGAAUGAACCGUGUGCGAUUACGCAGGUUGCGCAUGCGGUGGCGGCGACCAAGGAGGUCAAGGUGGAGGAGGUGUGUGAAGCGGCAUGGCGCAACUCGAUACGCAUGUUUGGGCUAGGCGAGUCUCCACCUCAAUGA